AAGGGUUCCCUCUUUCUCGCGCAGCCACCCAUUCUCACUCUCUCCAAACCUCUCCAACGGAAAUAACGCCUCCGCCGCCGCCAUCGCCAUCGCCAUGGCCGCGAUCGCACGUCUCAGGGCCGCCGCGCCGCCGCUGAGGGCCCUCGGACUCCGCCGCUGCCGCGCCUUCGGAUCGGCGGCCGCGGUCCAGUACGACGACGACGACGACUACUACUGCGAGGAGGUGGAGUGCGCGCCACGUGGCGCGCUGGACGCGCAGGGUUGCACGCCGGAGCGCGGAGUGCAGUGGGUGAUGAUAGGAGAGCCCGGCGCCAAGAGGCACCUCUUCGCUCAGCGACUCUCGAAGCUUCUAGAAGUUCCUCACAUUUCCAUGGCCACGCUCCUCAGCCAGGACCUCAACCCUCGCUCUUCGCUCUACCAACAGAUAGCACAUGCCUUGGAUCAUGGAAAACUGGUCCCAGAGGAAAUUAUUUUUGGGCUGCUAACGAAGAGACUGGAGGAUGGAUACUCGAGAGGCGAAACUGGGUUCAUUCUUGAUGGAUUCCCUCGAUCAAGGAUCCAAGCUGAGAUUCUUGAUCACAUUGCUCGUGUUGACCUGGUGGUGAAUUUCAAAUGUUCGAAAGAGGAAUUAAUGAAAAACAAUCUAGGAACUCGAAAAUUUAACUCUUGGAAAGAAUAUAUUCUUAUGACCAGCUCCAGGACCCCACUAAAACAAUUCCAGGAUGAUCAUGUCCAAAAUCGUGCAGACGAGAGCAAGCAGUUGGAAGAUUACUACAGGAAGCAGAAGAAACUUCUUAAUUUUGAAGUAGAAGGUGGACAUGGAGAAACCUGGCAGGGACUUCUGGCUGCACUACAUCUUCAGCAUAUUAAUGAUGCUCUUAGUUCUUCACAGAAGUUGACUGCUUGAAGGGCCACCAAUCUUCAACGGCAUCAAUCUAUUGUCGGCAUUCUAGUAUAUGUGUAUAUGAGAGCUACAAUUCCAUAGAAAUUGUGUUGGUGUCUAAGUUGUUGAUUGUCUCGCAAAAUUUUGAGAAUGCUAGUUUGUUCUGUAGUGCAACCGUCCAAGUAUGAAAAAUCAAUACGAAUGUAUGGUCCUAAUUCUACUAGCUAGUUCCUGUUGUCUUUUUUGGUUUAUUGUCCCCAAUAUAGUCUCUUUUCUAGUAUUUUUCCUGGUCACAGAACACGUUACUCGAAGCACGUGAUGUUGUAAAACUAAAAGUUUAGAAGUUGCAGGGUUUCUUCUGCUAGGAUUGUCUCAAACAUCAUAUAUUAUUUUGGUAAAACCGUAUCAUAUUUGACUACAGCCAA